GUUUACUUUUUGAACCUGUUUGUUUCAUAGCACAUGAGGGAGUAGGUGUGAAAUCCCAGUGGAAACGGACACAGGGGUUCGCUCAUUCAGUCAAUUAGUCAAUCAGUGAACCCCCACUCAACACCCACGGGGUGUUUGAAUUAUGUUGAGCUCUGGGGACACUUUGCUGGCAUUCCUGUGCUUUCCAUUCCUGGGGAUCUGGCUAAAAUGCAGGUUCUGAUUCUCUAGGUCUGCGGUUUCCAGAGUCCGCGGUUUUGCUAAGGAGCUGCAGUGAUGUUGAUGCGGCUGGUCCUCAGUGCACACCUGAGCAGCACGACCUCUCUGCCCUGGACACACGCUGCCAUCAGCUGGGAGCUGGACAACAUGCUGAUGCCUAGUCCCAGAAUCUGGCCCCAGGUGAGUCCAACAGGUAGGUCUGCCUCUGCCGGGAGUGAGGGUAAAGCCUCCUCACUCUGGAAUUUCUCCGCUGGGCAGGAUGUGCAUGUCAUAGUAACCAGAACCUGUGGGUCUGUGCUGAGCCCUGCCGCCUACACCCACGGCUGUGGCUGUGUGAGAUCUGCCACAAACAUUACCUGCCAGUCCUCAGGACAAUGAAGGCAGGAGGCCCGGCAGGAAGAGGAGAACUCAAUCUGCAAGGCCCAUGAUACCAGAGAGGGCCACCUGGGCUGCCCCCUCAGUGCCCAUCAGCCUGGUUCCUGUGGUCCUAACUAG